UAACAAAGAUGGCUGCCCCUUGAAAUCCUGCAGAAUUAGAUUAUACACCAGAUCUACCUUGGCAUUUUAUGGAUAUUAAAGUGUCCAGUUUUUAAACUGAGCCCCAACUUAAGUGCACAAAAACUUCAGCUUCUUGUUCUACCUCUUUAGUAACAAAAAAAAAACGUAAUCAUCUUCUUUUUGAAGUAACGUCUCAGCCGUAUGAAUAUUAUUAAACCUUUCAAGAUGGCUCAGGCUGAGCGUGAUUAUUCUCUUGAUCUGAACAAUGUCUUCAAACAAGUGAAGGAUGAAAAUGAAGAGACAGAUUUGUUAACACAACCAUGUGGAGAACAAGACUUCAAAAUGCCAGAAAUAAAAAGUGAGAAUAUAGAUGAAGAGGAAUCAGACUUGAAUAAACAGCAAUCAGAAAACUAUGCUGAUAUGAAUAUGAAACUUGAACAUCAGAAAAGUACUGUAAAGAAAGAAUAUUUGGAGGAUAGAAUAAAACCAUGGUCCCUAGCUUCAAGACUCCUGCAUGUGUCAAUGCAGACAAACAACAGUCUUUCUGUACCUAUCAUUUUGCCAAAUGUAAAAUCACCUGCUCACACCAAUGGCCUAGAAAUAUCAGUCAAUCAGGUGAAUGUUAUUAAGAAAGAAAAAGAAAUGCUAUCAGAAAUAAAUGUGCUUACUGAAGACACACAAGACCAAAUUGAAGGAAACCUUUCUGAAGAAACUGCUUUAGGAAAAGAAUUAAAGACAUCCUGUGGUAAAGCUGAAAAAAAGCACAAGUGUCACACAUGCCUCAAAGAAUUCCCUAACCCCACACUCUUAAAACAACACCAAAUUAUUUAUUUGGGUGAAAAGCCAUAUAAAUGUCAUAUUUGUCUUAAAGAAUUUUCCUCUGCUUCAGCUGUAAAAACUCACCAAGUGGUUCACACUGGUGAAAAACCUUUUCAAUGUCAUAUAUGUCAUAAAGAAUUUUCUUUCUCUUCAUCUUUAAAACAACACCAAGUGGUUCAUACUGAUAAAAAAACUUUUCAAUGUCAAAUAUGUCUCAAAGAAUUUUAUUUCUCUAAAUAUUUGAAACAACACCAAAUGAUUCAUACUGGUGAAAAACCUUAUAAAUGUCAAAUAUGUCAAAAAAGAUUUACUCAUUCUUCAUCUCUUAAAUUUCACCAAGUGGUUCAUACUGGUGAAAAACCAUAUAAAUGUCAAAUAUGUCAAAAAGGAUUCACUCAUUCUUCAAGCCUGAAAACUCACCAAUUGGUUCAUACUGGUGAAAAACCAUAUAAAUGUCAAAUAUGUCAAAAAGGAUUCACUCAUUCUUCAUCCCUAAAAUUUCACCAAGUGGUUCAUACUGGUGAAAAACCAUACAAAUGUCAAAUAUGUCAAAAAGAAUUCACUAAAUCUUCACAACUGAAAACUCACCAAGUGCUUCAUACUGGUGAAAAACCAUAUAAAUGUCAAAUAUGUCAAAAAGAAUUCACUACAUCUUCACAACUGAAAACUCACAAAGUGCUUCAUACUGGUGAAAAACCAUAUAAAUGUCAAAUAUGUCAAAAAGGAUUCAUUCAAUCUUCAAGCCUGAAAUCUCAUCAAGUGCUUCAUACUGGUGAAAAAACAUAUAAAUGUCAAAUAUGUCAAAAAAGAUUCACUCAUUCUUCAUCUCUAAAAUUUCACCAAGUGAUUCAUGCUGGUGAAAAAUCUUAUCAAUGUCAAAUAUGUCUAAAAAAAUUUCCUUUCUCUAAAUCUUUGAAAAAUCACCAAGUGGUUCAUACUGGUGAAAAACCAUAUAAAUGUCAAAUAUGUCAAAAAGGAUUCACUUAUUCUUCAUCCCUAAAAGUUCACCAAGUGGUUCAUACUGGUGAAAAACCAUACAAAUGUCAAUUAUGUCAAAAAGAAUUCGCUAAAUCUUCACACCUGAAAAAUCAUUAUGUGGUUCAUACUGGUGAAAAACCAUAUAAAUGUCAAAUAUGUCAAAAAGGCUUCACUCAGUCUUCAGGCCUGAAAACUCACCAAGUGGUUCAUACUGGUGAAAAACCAUAUAAAUGUCAAAUAUGUCAGAAAGGAUUCACUCUUUCUUCACACCUAAAAACUCACCAAGUGGUUCAUACUGGUGAAAAACCAUAUAAAUGUCAAAUAUGUCAAAAAAGAUUCACUCAUUCUUCAUCUCUAAAAAUUCACCAUGUGCUGCAUACUGGUGAAAAACUAUAUAAAUGUCAAAUAUGUCAAAAAGAAUUCACUAAAUCUUCAUACCUGAAAUCUCAUCAAGUGGUUCAUACUGGUGAAAAACCAUAUAAAUGUCAAAUGUGUCAAAAAGAAUUCACCAAAUCUUCAUACCUGAAAUCUCAUCAAGUGGUUCAUACUGGUGAAAAACCAUAUAAAUGUCAAAUAUGUCAAAAAGGUUACACUCAAUCAUCAAGCCUGAAAUCUCAUCUAGUGGUUCAUACUGGUGAAAAACCAUAUAAAUGUGAAAUAUGUCAAAAAGGAUUCACUCAAUCUUCAAGCAUGAAAUCUCAUCAAAUGUUUCAUACUGGUGAAAAACCAUAUAAAUGUCAAAUAUGUCAAAAGGGAUUUAGUAAACCUCAACUUUUAAAAAAACACCAUUUGUUUCAUUCUAAUGAAUAAUCAUUUCAAUGUCAAAUAUUUUUAAAAAAUGUUUUACUUCAUAUUCAUUUUUGAAAGAUAACCCAAAAAUUUAUACUUGUAAUAAACAAUAUAAAUGUCAAAUUUUGUCUUAAAGAAUUUUUUUAUUCUUCAAAUUGAAAUAUCACCAUACAUGCUUGGUGAAAAACGGGGACACGACAAUUCGUUUACUGACAUUUCAUUUAUGAAUAAAUCGUUCAUGACUUUUCGUUCACCCGAUAAAAAAAAAUUAACAAACAAACUCAGAUUAGGCCCGAUCUCUAGCAAUAAAGUUUUUCUUGGUAAAUAAUAGCUACAAAAGUUUUAAUGUAAACAAAAUAAACACAUGACAAGAAUUUAUAAUAUAAACAAUAUGUUACUAUCUAGUGAACGAUUUGUCCUGAACCAACUGUCUGUGAGCAAGUUGUCGGUUAGUGAUAUGUCGGGUGAAUGAAUAGUUGUGUGAUCGAAAAGUCUUCAACUAAUUGUCGUGGAACCGUGAAAAACCACACAUUCAAAUGCCUUCUCAUAGUCUAUAAAACUGAUGCAGAGAGAGAGAGACUGUUAAAAAAUUAUGCUUGUCGUCGUCAUCUGUGAAUGAUCUCUCCUUUGGAAAGCCGGCUUGGGUCUACAGCAGAAUCUUGCAUUGGGUUCAGAAGAAUGCGGUUAAACACCUCUCCUGGUAUGGACGGCAGCAUUAUCCCUUGGAAGUUGGAGCAGGAAGGAAGGUUGCCUUCUUUGGGGAGUUUGAUGAGUUAGCCC